UAGUUGUCUUCAUCAUGUUCCUCACGGACCUUCGUGAACGUAAUAUUCGCUUCUUAUUAACAAUUUACCCUCGACCCGGGAGAAGUCUCGCAAGAAAUGGUCGAUCGGGGUAACUUAUUAACGACGUAAUCAAAGCUUGAUUAACCCUGCACUGUAUCGAUACAGUUCUAGCUAGUUUUCUUUCGCAAUCCUGAAUAUUCCUCGUCUUUUACCCUGCGAGACACAAUGGCUCUAAUUCUGCCAGUCGUGCUCCUUUAUUCUUGCAAAUUUGUGACUGGUUUCAACGAUUUCCCAUCGCUCAUGACAGCCAAUGCUACGAUGGUUAUCGUGAUUGAAAAAACAUUCUACGAGAGGAAAAUCUUGAUAAAAGAGACAGCAAUGUUCACACGAGAGGCUUAUGAGAAAAGCAUCGCAACAUUUGCAAGUGCACUUACCAAAAUAGCGAGGGAGCGUAUGAACAUCAGUGGAUUAUCGAUUCAUGUGGCUCAGGAUAUCGGAGCGAAUUUAGCUCGAGAUUAUACGAUUCUUCUCUCGGUAGCGACUUGUCCCUCAACCUGGGAAUUAUUCACCAGAGCCAAAAGAGAGAAAUUAGUGCAUUUAGCAAUCACUGACCUCGAUUGCCCGCGUCUGCCUAAAGACGAAGGUAUCAGUAUUCCGCUGAUCGACCCUGGGGACGAGCUUCCCCAGAUAUUCUACGACAUGAGAAUAUCCCGCGGACUCGACUGGAAACGAGCCAUUUUGUUAUUCGACGAGAGUUUCGGGCAGGACUCAGUCGGAAAGGUGGUGCAAGCGUUCUGCAACGAAUUACCAAACUCUGGCCUUGGAUUAGCCUCGAGCUCCCUGUAUUUCCUGAAACGUGGACGAUCGGAGAUCUCGACGAAGCGGAUAAUUAAGAAAAUUCUCGCAACUUUGCCUCCGAGGAGGCCCAUUGACGAUCGAAUCAUUGUUGUCGCUGCUUACAAUGUUAUUUCAUUCAUACUAGAGGCCGCUAGAUCAUUGAGGAUGCUCGGCACAAGCAGUCAGUGGCUCUUUGUCGUGCCAGACAUGGCAAAGUACAACUCUGGGAACGUGACUUAUUUGAUUGAAUUACUUGGAGAAGGUGAAAACAUCGCUUUCUUGUAUAAUGACACGAAUUUGCAUAUCAGGAGUGAUCAAUCUUGUCGAACAGGUGCCACCUGUCACGCCCGAGAGCUGGUGGGUGCCCUCGGAAUAGCCCUUGAGAAAUCCUUAUCAAUGGAGAUCGAGCUCUACGAUCGGGUCACCGAAGAGGAAUUCGAAGAGGCCGGUCUGACCAAGUUUGUCAGAAGUCGAAACAUCAUAAAAUAUAUUCGUGAUGAACUGUAUAAUGAUACAAAGCCCGGCGGCCGUGGAAGCACCUGCGGCCGGUGUGUAAAGUGGAUCGCAGUGUCAGCCUUGACCUGGGGCAAUCGGAUUGGCUCCGGGGCUGAUAGCGAGCCUCACACACUCUUGGAGACCGGUGUGUGGACACCUGAUCCCGGUUACCAGUCAAAUGACUAUCUGUUCCCCCAUGCGGUGCAUGGCUUUCGUGGCAAGACUCUGCCCGUGGUAACUUAUCACAACCCGCCCUGGCAGUUUGAAAUAACGACAACUCAUGAAAUUACCGGUAGCACGCACAGUCACUGGGAUGGAUUUGUCUUUGAUGUUUUUCAGGAACUUUCCAAGAGCCUCAAUUUCACGUAUAAAAUCGUUGCUGUUGAUGCACCACCUGAAAUUAUUCUAGCAAAGAGUAAUCCCCUGAAAGCCGCAAUGUCAGCGGCCGAAAAAGUUCCGGAAAAAGUGACUGAACUAGUGCGUUCGAAAUCAGUCUUCAUAGCAGCAUGUGCUUACACAGUUGGCCUUUAUCGUAAAGACACAACUAUAAAUUUCACACUACCCAUGACAAUACAAACAUACGGUUUACUGGCUUCACGACCCAGGCCGUUAUCCAGGGCGCUGUUAUUCGCCUCACCGUACACCAACGAAUCAUGGGCCCUCCUGAUGACGGCGAUAAUCAUGGUGGGUCCGAUCCUGUACCUAGUUCACACCUUCAGCCCUCGAACGAUCGACGAAAGGGUAAAAAAUCCCCACGAGCCAGUGUACAUCGGUCUAAGUUCACCAUCACGCUGCACGUGGUACAUCUACGGUGCUCUCCUCCAACAGGGUGGCAUGAACCUCCCCAAGACCGAUGGGGCACGAUUGAUUGUUGGCACGUGGUGGCUAGUCGUGAUGGUAGUUGUUGCUACCUACUCCGGAAGUCUCGUGGCAUUCCUCACAUUUCCAAAGAUGGAAGUGCCGAUAAGGAAUGUCGACGACGUCAUUGAGCGUCGAGGUGAAAUCACCUGGAGUCUCCCUCAGGACAGUUUCAUCGAGGACUUCCUCACCGUCAGCAAUGAGGAGGGACUCGUUGAUUACCGGCGACUAUUGCGAGAGAACGAGCCACACGCACAGACGCAUGAUACUGUGAGUUAUGAGGAACAUAUUCAUGAUGUCAAAGGUGGAAAACAUGUGGUGAUCGACUGGAAGUCGUCAUUGAUGAUUUCCGGGAGGAACGACUACAUUGAAACUGGCCGCUGUGCUUUCUCCCUUGGAAGCGACGUUCUGUUUCUUGAGGAACCUAUUUCCAUGGUCGUACCCUCCGAUAGCCCUUACCUCGGGCUCAUUAAUGUCCAAUUACAAAGGAUGCACGAAUCAGGAUUGAUGGACAAGUGGAUAGCCAACAGAUUUCCAACGCGUGACAGUUGUUCAGACAGUCUAAUGGGUAGUUUCGAAGCGGCCAAUCAUAAAGUAGACCUCGAGGACAUGCAGGGAAUAUUCUUCGUCCUCAUUCUGGGAUAUAUCAUGGGAACAAUGAUCCUGGGCUACGAAUUUUUCCGACAUCAUCGACGCGUCGCCAAAGAACGAAAACUGAUACAACCGUUUGUCGAAUAGUUGUGCACUGAUAUCGCACCCCAACUUGUGCGGAAAUAUUACUAUUUUAGAAACAAUAUAACGAAACUAUAAACAAUUUGUUGUAUAUUUUUUUAAUAUAUUCUUUACACAUUUCGAAAGGUUCGCAACGAUUCGCUCGUCUAGAAAGUGACUUCUCGCAGUCGUAGGGAAAGACACCAUUUUUAUUCCUGAAAAAUUUCGAGUGUUAUGGGGGCAGUUACCCA